AUGGCUCCGAGAACGUACCUUACUACUGGCUUGAGGCAUCUACCCAAGCCCCGCACCCUGGAGCCUGGCGAAGCCCUUCUCGUUCGGUACAAGAAUUCCCUACGGCAGUACAAGUCUGACGUGUGGAUUGGCGUGCCAACUGAUGGUGCUUGGGUGACGCACCCGAAAGACCGGAUUUACUCCAUGUAUCUUCCGGGCCGCAAUAUGUACAAAUGGGUCGGACUUCAGGAUCUCUUUGUUCUGAAGGAAAAGACUAUCAAUGUUCUCCGGCGUGCCCAGAGAGAGCCAGAUGCCAAGAUCUGGGACGAUAUUCUGGAAAUCGUUCGAAGUGAGCCUGGGCUGGAGAAGAACAUGGCUCUCCAGGAGCUCGGCACCAAGGGCAAACGAGGGAAGGAACUCCGUUUCGUUCUUCCAAGUGGUCACGAGGACCUUGUCUCUUGUGGAGAAAGUCAUGCUGACUUUGAGUCGGAGAAAGAAGAGGAUGGUGAUGAAGAUGAGAAUAAAGAAGCCCCAUCGGAUCACGCGGAGCCCGCUACUCCUGCUGCACCUGGCUCAUCUAACAUCUAA